AUGGGACCACUCCGUCUGGUUCUGUCCAGUCUGAGUCCCCCGUCUGGGGUGGUCCCGUCUGAGUCACCGUCCGGGGUGGUCCCGUCUGGGGUGGUACCGUUUGAGUCUACAUCUGGGGUGCUCCCGUCUGAGUCUCCGUUGCCACAAAAGGAGCCUGCCCUUUCUCCAUCUGGGGUGGUCCCGUCUGAGUCACCGUCUGGUUCUGUCCCAUCCGAGUCUCCAUCUGGGGUGGUCCCGUCUAAGUCUCAGUCUGGGGUGGUCCCAUCUGAGUCCCAACUGGGCUUCAGCUUCUACCCCAGUUUGGACUUGGCCUUGGACCUGAGGUUUUCCAUCUGA